AUGCGUUUGCAUCUUUUUUCCUUCUCAGUUGAUGGUGAUCGUGAUGUUAGCCUUAAGAGGAAUCAGUCCAAUAGUAUGAUAUGUGUGUCAUCAAGUAAUAGCACUAGUGGACUGGGAAGAGAAGGAGAUGUCAAUGUCACUGUAGGCUCAGAUCAGGUACAAAGUGUAUUCUGCUAUAAUUAAUGAUACAUGAAUAUACAAUGGCCCCUAAUUAGGAUAUGAAUCAGCUAAUUGAACCACUGAAUUAACUUUUUGCAAUGGCCACUUUGCUCCUAUCUACAAUUGCUGCCAGGGUAUAUAGGAUAAGAUAGCUUAUUAUUAGUCACAUAAUCAUCUAUCACCUUAACAUACAGUGCUGUAUACAGGUGGUAGGUCCAGGCCUCUUUCCCUUUUCACUGUGGGACUUAGUUGUACAUGGAUGAUCAUGUGAGCGAUAAGCUAAGACAUUGAGAUAAUGCUCUGAAAGAUUUCACUGUGCCUAAACUUUUUACUCUAAGUCAGCAUUUAUUAUCAUGGUCUUUCCAGAGCACAAAAACAAUCAUUUGUGAAUGUAACAUGGUUUUAUUCUGUUAAGUGUGGCUUUUUUUCAUAAUAUAAUGGUGGCUAUUAUCCUAGCCUCCUACAGAGACAUGUUACAUAGUCAUGUACGGCUUUAUCAUGCAUAUCCUUCCUCAACAAAUAGUGUUCAGGCAAGUCUGUCACUAUAAUUAAGGACCAAGGGUUUUUGGAUUUCCCUUGUCUGCUCUAAGCAUCACCCGGUGCUACUUUUAUACCAGAAAUAUGUUUAGCACAACACCUCACGAAGCUGUGGUGAGGGGAAGCAAUAUGACUAAAUUGAAACCAAACCAGUGCACGAAACUAACUUUUUUAGUCAGUUGUCCUGAGAAUAGUAGUGGGUGGCAUCUACUAGUCCUGAAGGCAAUUCUACUAGUCCUGUCUACCAUCCAUCAUCUGGCUACAAAGAUGUAAUUCACACAUUAAAAAAUCAUAGUAAAGCAUGACUCACUUUUUAAAUUGUAAUAAUAAACACUAAUGAAAAGUAUAAUCUUUUAUCUUGAGUUUCUUUGGCUAUAAGAAAUUAUUCAUUGCUUCCUUUGCAGAAAGACGAAUUUUCAUUUUUACUGUUUGGAAAAUUUACACAAUACUUGCAAAACAUUUUCCCUUCGGUUUCCUUGCAAACUAUAAACCACACAAAAUCCUUUUCCAAGCUGGUUUGAAGUCUCUAUCUUUGUUUGCCUUUUCCACUCUUGUUGGCCGGGAAUCACCUGUAUUACUAGCGUUUUCUUCAUCUUUCCUUUCUUCAUCUUCCCUGCCCCUUUUGACAUAGCGUAACAAAGUCACAGCACGAGAGGCCGCCAUUUUCAUGACAUUUUUAGGAGUUGCAUGACGUUUGCAUAACGUUCAAUUUGCAGCGAAGUUGACUGACAGUGGACUGAGAACCAAACCCGGCCCAUUCACUCACUGUUUUCAAAAUGGCGAUUGUAAAUGCGGAAAUUAUGAGCGUAGACAACAUGAUUAAAAGAACAAUUUUAUAAUAUUACCUGCUGAUUUAACAAAUGUGAAACCAAGAUCCACAGGCUAAAACGUCCACUGACGUCCAUGAGAAUGACUAACUCAAAAUUCUACUCGUUUUGUGGCUAAUUUUACUCUUUUUUGACAAGUGAACGACCGUUAGUUUCGAGCACUGCAAACAAUAGGUAAAAUAUGGUAAAAACAAAACGAAACAAGAAAACAAAAACAAAACAACCAAAAAGAAAAGAAAAAAAUUUCCCCCGGCGGGAGUCGAACCCUGGACCAUUAACGUGUAAGGUCAUCGCCUUGUCUAUUGCACCACGACACUAAUUGGUAAACAUGCUUGGUAAAUUAAUUUUGUUAAACAUUUUUGCCCAUGAAAUUCUACGGGUAGAUGUUGUUUGAAGGUGGUAGAGCUGCAUUUAUCAAGAAUUUAAAGAAGUAGUCAAGGAAAAUAAGAAGGGUUUUUGCGGUAAAAGCUGUACUUUAACUCAUUGUUCAUCACAUUUGAAGAGCAUAUGGCAGACAAAGCAAUAUUAAGUGUCUCGCAAAACCAUUGCAAAGUCUCUUGCUGACAGUGUUGUACAGCUUGCGAUUCUCUGCAUUUACAUGAGAUUAAGAACUGGUCACGAUUCAGCAACAGUAAACAUUUUUUUCACAGAGAAUGAAUAACCAUAUCCGCCUUUCAUCUCCACGGUUUCUUGUUGGUGUCUCAUUGGUUGUUCAUGGCUGAAUUUCAAGCGGCCAUUUUAAAGUGUUGCCUGGAAACCAAAAAGUGCUCCUAGACUCAACAUUAGAAUAGAUGACAUCAAUUGGAGCUUAGUCAUGACAUCAUUGCUAGAUAUCUUGCGGAAACCAAACCCAUAGAGAGAAAGAUUUAUGACCAAAGCAAAAUGACACUCCGCUUGGGAUCCUCGUGUGAUCGGGAAAAUUAUAAACUCGCUUUCAAGAGGAAUUAAACAAAUUAAAAGAAAAAUAGAAACAAAAGAACUUCCUAUGCCUAGUUCAGUUUCCCCACCUUCCUUUAGUAACUUGAAGUCUUAGUGACAGCCCUGUGUUUAUGAGGGAGGAAGGAAUGUGAAAUGAAGCCCUGCUUUAAUCUCCCUAAACUGGCCAUCCAGCUAUUUCAUGUACAUAUUACUUACUUAGAGACCCAAAUAAGGCUGGCAGCAAUGUGGAAAUUUUGCUGUUUUAUUUAAGGGGAGCUUUGAUGCUGUGUGUUUUAAACGUCAUAACCGAACAUCAUCAACAAUAUCAGCUCGUUCUCAUCAUUCUAUUUCAAGCUGUGCUGAAGAGGAGGAGGAGGUUUGUUAUACACUAAUAUAAUCAAGUCAUAUUUUUCUUCACCAUCCUGCAUCCUUUAUUCUGCCAACACUGGAAUUUAGGGGAGAGUAAAAACUGACAUUUUAAAAAUGAUGUUAUAUUCAAAUAUAACAAAUACACCUGUAUUCUACAGUUCUAUUCAAAUAUCAAUAAUUUAAAUUGAUAAAUCUGUAUUUAAAGUCCAAGGCAAUAACUUGGCUAUGCAGUUGACUGGCAUGUUGGAUACUUAUUGUCCUUCUGUUCCUUGGUAGUAUAUUAAUAACACUGUUGCACAUUGCAGGCAGUUGUGUUGUUUGUGGAUGAGCCAUCAUCUAAGUUGUUCUGCACUUUGUGUCAGCGUGUGUUUAAGGAUCCCGUCAUAACAUCAUGUGGGGUGAGGAUAAUGUUCUGUUUCUUGAACUUACUGUUGGUAAUGAUAGCACUUUUCACUACUGAGACUUAUGCAAAAUGGCCAGUAAAAGCUUAGUUUUUGUCAAGUCAGGGUAGCCUUUAAACCAUAGCUAGUAUUUCACCAUGAGGAACAACCAUUCAGAUCUAGGUAAGUGACACAUCAUCCAGAAUGGAAUGGUGCUUGUUCCUGUGACAUCAUGAAAGUGGAAACAUCAGGGAAACGGAAACACCAUGGUGCCUUUAAGAGCUACUCAACAUUGUUUAAAGCCAUUUCAAACCCCAUGAAACUAUUUUGUAAUUGGUCAAUGUUGAUACUCCAAAUAUGACGCGGCCAGCUAAAGUCAGGCUAAGGAAAAUGUAAGUAACGUUAGGUCAGUGGCAAUCAUGUGCACCUGGUUUAAGGAAAAGUCAGCAAAUAUUGUAACAGUUGGCAACCCUAAAAUUCAUCUUUACUUUGUUCUGAACGAAUUUGUUCCUGUUAUGGUUAGUUUAGUCAAAGUCCAUAAUUAUGUUACUUUUAACAAGGACACUUUUCUGUAUCUUGUUAUGCUUAUAUUGCUGUUUCGUACGUACCGGUAUUGUAUGUAUGUAGUUUUUAUUUGUUCUUUGUUGUUGUUUUAUUUUUUAGCAUACCUUCUGUCGAAAUUGUGUCCUUUCAAGAGCCUUGGAAAAGUGUCCAGUUGAUGAUAAUAAGCUUUCAAUAGUUGUUGCUAACCUUGCUGUAAGUGCAUCUAUUUAUAACAAGAACAAUCUUUAUAAGAAAACAACCACAAUUAUCCAUUGCCUACACUUUUGUGGACAUAUAAAUAAUGUCAAAUAAUCAAAUUUCACAGGCUUGCGGUUUUUACUGCAAAGUUUGUUGUCACCAAAUGUUUUUGAUCUGUAUGUUUAUAUAUAACAUUUAUUUUCAUUGUUUACCCAGUUUAGUUGUGUUUGCUUUCCAAGGCAAGUUCAUGGACAUUCAAGUGUAUCAUUAUAUAGACGCUUGACUUUAUCCCCAGUGGUUCUCCAUUCAUGAAUUAGUUUGGAAGCAAGAAAGCUUUUUAGCUGCUUGAAUACAAUUUGAAGUUCUUCAGACAUUCCAUUCAAUGUUUUUCAAGUUUCUCUACCUGUAAUCAGUGUUCUCCAGAAAAUUUAUUGAAGAAGGAGAAAAAAGUUGAAUAUGCAGCCAGAGAUUAGAUGAAAAAAUGCUUGUGGGUGAGAGUAAAUAAACUUAAAUCAUGUGGAAAGGGCUAUCACCUCAAUCCCUCUAGUGGUGGGGUAAUUGGGCCACCCAGGGGAAAAAUUUAAUUAGGGGGCCCCUAAAUUUCCACGCAUUUUCUUGAGUGACCAGGGAAGAAAUUUAAGCCAUGAGGAUGUGGUACCUUAUUUACCCAUAUUUGCUUUAUUUUAUAUCAUAUUUUCUUUCAUCUAACAAAACAUGUUGCAAAAAAAAAUUGACAAAUUUACUAUCCUCCUUAAAAAUAAUUUUCUGUUGCGGCCGUGCUACUGGAACGACUAGAUGGUGAUUUUUAUUAGUAUUUUGUAAGAAUUUGCUUACCUUUUUUUGCUUUAUAUUAUUGCCAGGUAUCUGAGCAGAUAGGUGAACUUUACAUCCAUUGCAAAUAUGGGUGUAAAUUAAAGUCAGGAACACCUUACGAUUACGAAGUGAAUACUGCUGGCUGUCCUGUCACAUUUAAACUCUCCAACAGGCAGUAAGUACAUUAAAGUUUUUGUAAUAUUGUGAUGUAAUAGCUGGGAUGGAUGCUGGUAAGGAAACUGACGACGACAGUUGAAGACUUUACCGAUAAUACCUUACUCUGCAUUCUUUCAAUCUUUCCCAUGAUGUAUUUGUGUGUUGAAGUGUGCCAUAGGACUUUGCUUAAAUUAGAAAUUUGUUGAACUAUUGAAGUUGGGUGGCAAAGCAAGUUACCAUUGUUAUUGAUUAAGGUCUGUGCUGGACCGUAUGUUAACCUUGUGGACUUUUUGUCUUGUCAUGGUGAAAAACUUAUCUUUGUAAUGGAAAUGAAAUGCAAAUUGGAAUUGCAGGGCAGUUUUUUCUCCCGUUUACAUGUUUUGUGUUCCUGGCAGUUUUUGCUUGAUAAUCCCUCUUAGUGUCCUUGUUUUGCAAGAAGAUAGAUUUUUUGACAAAAUAAUUUAUUUACCUGUGUGUUAGUGAUCAUGAAAGAAACUGUCAAUAUGCUCCAACUCAGUGUCCUAACAGUUCACAGUGUCCAGUGUUACUCAAAAUGGUAAGUGUACAUGCAGUGUUCUUUAGUUGGAAACACAUUUGACAAUUUAUAAUACUGUCACUUCACUUGACACUUUCCGUAUAUGUUGUUGUAUAAGUAGAGUGAAGAAAGUUUUUGUUCUAAGAGAACUACUUUCAAAGACUUUUCCUAGACUAGGUUUUAUGCAUGCAAAUUGACUUUUACAAGCGUGGUUGCAACUUCUCACAGUCAAUGAUGGCCACAGGUUAAUGUAACUCUAUGAGCAGAUAUAUAUGUAAAUUUGUUUAAUUGGAAGAUUUUUUAACCUUCUCAAAGAGUAGGCAGCUGGCAGUAAUUAAACUAAUUCACAUCAGGUUGAGGUAGUGGUUUUCUUUUAUUUGUGGUUUCGUCGUCCAAAAAAGAAGUUUUGAAACUUUAGCAACUGGACAACUGAGAUGCUAUUUACACAAUGUUUUUUUUACUUCUUCAGGACCUUGACGAUCAUUUGCAAGUUUGUGAGCACAUGAGAUGCCCCCAUCAAAAAUAUGGGUAUGUUAAGCUCACUUAUAACAAAUAUGAAAAGCGUAAAAUGUAAAGAAUAUGACACAUAAGAAAAGGAUGUAGAGGUGAUCAGUUUUGAGGAUAGAAUACUAAGCCAUAACCCAAAUUAGGGAAGGGGCAACCAAUCAAAGUGGGUGAAUUGAGAGUGAAUGAUAGAUGGUAGACAAAGGUAAACAUGUAAACCAGUUGGUCCCCCAACAAGCUCAAUGAGGUACCUUGCAGUGUGUUGGGCAACCAUCUGGCGUUGGUUGUUCAGAUGCUGGAUAGUACUAUCUUUUGGAUAAAUCACUAUCCAGUGAUAAGUAUUAAGGAAACCAAUAAUUGCACUGUCCACUGGAUAGAGAUUUAUCUGGUGGAUAGCACUAUCCACCUUGUGAACAACUGUGGACUGGUCUUUAUCUAUUUACUAUUUACUUGAAACUAUAAUUUUCAGUCACCCUGAAAUCUUAAAUGUUGCAUUUUCCAUAAAACUUAACAUCCCCCUCCAUUUCUCUUCAAUUUAAAAAUCAUUUUAAGAAUCAUCUAUAAUUCUAAAACAUUUUUUAAAAAUAUUGUUACAAAUACCCAACCCAACUGACCUAUUUUGGGAUAAAAUGAAAUCUCACCGAGAUUUUAGACGGUAAUAGUAGAACAUUAAUUUUGGUCGUAAUGUACCAUUAUUAAUAAUAAUAAUAAUUUAUUAUUAUUAUUUUUUCAAUAAAUAUAAAGUAUAGGUCAGAAUUAGUAUCGGUGUUAUUGUCAUCUGCUGACAAGAGAUCCGAGAACUCACCCAGACAAUAUGGCGGUUCACUACAAACACGUUUUAUUGAUCUAUGCAUGCGCAUGUAAUUACUAUAUAUGGUAAAUGCACAGGGCGACCAUAACAGUUAUUAUGAAUGUCAAAGGUAAAUAAUUGUCAAUAAUGUUGUGUAAAUAAUGUGCCGCUCUGCUGUUUUUUUUUUUAAGGUGUCAUAUGGAGGGAAACCAUAAAGAAGUUCGACUCCAUCUUGAGACAUGCAAGUUUGAAGCUGUCAAGGUAAUUUAAUAUGGCGUUUUGUAAGAAAUUCUCGGUAGAUAUUGAAACUGACAUACAGUGGAACCCGGCCAUACAAACUCGUUAUCCUUUGUUAGUGUGCAAUUCAUAGUUAAGAAAGUGUUAGUAUCGCAACGUGACUCUACCUGACAGGGUCGGUCAGGGUUUUUGGGUAUACGGUAUAUUGCAGCUUAAAUACGGGUAUUCGGUAUAUCACUUUCUUUGAAUUUCAGGUAUAAAAUAUACCUGGGUAUAAUUUUGGGUAUAUUUGGAUGAAUUUUGGGUAUUUUUGGGUAUUUUGGCGAAUUUUUUUUGGGUAUACUGGUAUACCACUACCCCUCCUGGCCGACCCUGACCUGAUUGCUUAUGAGACCACCCUGCCGGUAUAUAAUUUUGACCAUAUCCAGACGACGAUCGAAUAGUAUCCCAUGAUGCACCUCGAUUCAUGUUAUAUUAUCACUGCGUACGUGACACAUUAUGAUCAGUAACCUUCAGCAAGCGCGAAGUGAACAUCGAUCGCAGUGGACGAUGUGGAUGGUUUCCAAACAUGUUUCGGUUCAGCAGCUUCUGCUUUUGAGAUUAUCGAGUUGGCUAAUAUUCACUGUGCUUUAAAGGAGAAUUUCAGCGUUGCUUUGACUGAGAAGGGUUUUACAUGUAUUUCACUGAUCUGUCGAGAACUACUUGUGCCGCGCUCGGUCGCACUGUAAACACAAAUUAUAAGACUCGCAAUUGAUAAGCUUCGCUAGGUUCACUAGGAGAACCCAGGCCAGAGGAGAACCAAAACUAUGACUGAUCUAUAAAGUGGUUCCAACAAAACAUCCGCUACGCUGUGAAGCUAAUUACCAAAGGAUAAUUUAUCACAGCAUCGCGCUCAAAGGAGCUGAAGUUUACAAUGGCAGUUACAAAUAAAAUUUAACCUAUCGAUGCGACAAACAAUUCUCUGAAGCACAGUCUACCCGGUACUGACUCUAGCAAUCUUCAAGGAAAUUUCCUGGCCAGAAUACUGAUCUGUUCUUUUGAAUAAAUAAAGUUUCUGCAUGAUGUUUCUUUUUCAAAUUCUGAGCAGGCUUCAGUUUACGUUGUGCCGGCUUGCAUGCUGCGUGGUUCCUUUCUUUGGGUUCUUUUCACACUGAAACACACCGUUAUACACCGCUCCUUCGUCGAAUUAAAAUAAUUAUAGUCAAAUUCCUUUUAAAAAUAACCUCUUUGAAAAUAGCAAAGUGAUUGCUUCGGCAUAAAGCGCUCUCAAAAGCGCUCAACAGAUUGUAGCCUUCAUCAGGCUUUACACAUAUAUUAUGACACAUGGCGUUGAAAUGUGAUAAAAGAUUCGAAAUUUCAGCCAUCUUUGGUCGACAAAAAAGUCUUCAAAAUGUGGGUACUUCUGGGUACUUCUUGGCCUGUACAAUAUUCAGGACUUCAUUUUGCUGGCGUGAGGUCCACAUUUGUAAGAUUUCAACAUAUAUUCCAAAAAACCUUGAAUAUUCAUGACCUGGUUGUGGGUCACUGAACACUUUGUGAUGGGAAGACUAAUUGAAACCGUUAAAAUAAAUGUUUCUAAGUGGAAACUUCGCUCUUAAGCGAUUGCAAAUCGGAGAAAUCAUGUCAAAUAACGAAAUAAUGUAAUUUUUUUACUUUUACUGGAAAUCGAGUGAGAAAAAAGCCGACGAGAAAACGACCUUAUUUCAAGAAGGAAUCUGCUAUGACUACGAUAUUGCGUGAUGCUUCUAGAAAAAUGCAUCAUGGGAUACUAUUCGAUCCUCCUCUGGACCAUAUCUAAGAUCUCCAAUAACUGGGAAGGAGGACUUCGUGUGAAAGGGGCGAGGGAGAUGUUCAUCGUCUCGAGUAACGGUAUGACUUGCAUAUUUUGAUAUGACUUGGGUUGUUCAUAGGCGUCCAAACAUUCUUAUUCAUGCAGGUAUCCCCUUUUGGCUGCACAUGAAGAAAUAAGAGAAAGAAAGAAAGCAUUCGAUGACGAUGUCUUUUUAUCGGAAUAUUGAAAUCACUAUAAUUCUUAUUUCGCUGUCUGUUUGAGAAUGAUAUACUUUAGGGGUCAAACAAAGCUUAACCCGCAAUAAAGAGAGACUUGUCCAUCUGAUACAGAUUUUUAAAAGUAAUUUGUUUAACCACGAAUAAAUUAGUUUUAUCAAUUUUUUAUUUUAUUAUUUAACAGGAAUUCCUGCAGCACUCAGACAAGCGAGUGGAAGAGGUAAAGAUGGCGCUGAAAGAUAAAGAUCAGGUAUUUUCUCCAGAUAAGUCCUGUUUGUGUGCCUUGAAAUAACGGUCGGCUCUGUUUCCUUGGUUAAGGAAAGAGUGACCUUGGUCCCAGACAUUUGUCUUGAAAUUUGUCUCAGCAUGAGAGAGAGAAAGAGAGAGCGAACCGCGAAAAGGCGAAAACGAGUCGCUUCGCUCGCUCUCUCGAACGCGGGUAAAAUUUUCAAGAAGAACCUCUGGGACCCGGGUAGGACAAAGUUCAUUUUAAAUAUCCAUCAUCCCUCCUCUGUUGAUCUUAUUUUGUGACCUGAUUCCCUUUAGGAAAUUGUAUUUCUUAAGGCGAUGAUAGUAAAGUUAAAUGAGCGAGUGGACAGAAUGGAAAAAACUGUGGAUAUCAGAAUAGGUGAGAGUGCAAAUGCCAGUUUUAAUUUUCUCAACUAUUUAGGACAAGAGUGGGGUUUACCAGCCGUUUUUAUACAAUGCAUUUCGAAAUGUGGUCGUUUCGAUACAAGUUAAAUAAUUGCGCGUGGUUGGCCUAAAGAACAAGGAAUAUUCACGCCAUAUGGUUUUUCCGCGUAAUUGAUCGUAAUAUUUGUUGCGCACAGUUCGUGUCGAAAAGACUUGUAUUGAAACGACUGGUUUCUCUUUGUACUGUUGUCUUCCUAGUUUACUACUUAUCUUUGAAAAAAACGCGCUGUUUUUAGCACUGAUUUAUGGUCGAGAUUUUUGUCAAUUUUGUUGGAUGCAAGGUAUGACUGGUGUAGACGUUGGGGGCCUUGUUAUUUAACGAAAUUUCUUGCAAUCUUUUUCACAAUUUUGUUUAGCCACAAGUUGCGCGAAAAUUCUUAGUGUUAAGAUUGAACGUCGCACAGGACUUUACUUGUAACAUUUUUGUUUAAGCAAAUGCUGCUUUGAAGUGAAAUCAAGUUUUACUUCUCGCAACAACGUCGGUAUAAACGCUGUGAGGAUUUUUGUAAGGAUGCUAUGAAAAUUGUAGGAGGCAAUCUGUCUCGCAACGCGCAGCGUUAUAAUUUGCGGCGGAGAUGAUUUGCAAGAGAACCUGGCUAGUUUAACAAGGCCUUGUAAGUGUUUUUUUUUUCAUGCAUUUUUUUCGUACAUAGACCUUCUCGAUGAAAGCCAAACAAAAUUGUCCUCAGAUUUGCUGGAUUCAAGACAAAGUAUUUCACAAAUCCAGGUAAUUUACAUCAUUAUCAGUAAAGAAUGUCAGAAGUGAACUCAAGAAAAUGUUGGAAGUAUUCUUACUAGUACUGUGUACAAUCUUUUGUUUUAAAUUAAGCUGGCUCUUUAAAUGUAACUCGUCCUCUGGACUUCAGUUUUCCUUCAACAUGCUUGGAAUUUUGUAUAGCUUUGUGCACAAAAUGCCUCAUAAACAUUUACUUCUUUCUUCAUUUUGAAUAUUUUUUUUGGUGGCCAUCUUUGUUAGGUUCUUUGUGCUUCCCUUUUUAGGAACUCGAAAAGUCAAAAGUGUGUUUAUGAUGUGGCUCUUAAGGCCCUAUUACUUUACGCAAUUUUUUCUUGCUGCUUCUCUCCCAAUUUUGUUGCGCUUUUGCCAAACAAAUUUUUACCUUUGUUUCGAGUAAAUAGAGAGUUUAAUCUUCAAUAAUACGGCAAAACGGCAGAUUCAAGUUGAGAAUUUCUCAAAGUAGAAAAUGAGCAGCUAAAAACAGCUCAAAGCAAUUCUUAUGGAUAUAAAAUUGCGUGAAACUACCCUGAAUUUAGGUGUAGAAAUGAUGAACAGUAAACGACAUGUAAAGAGGAAACUUGGUCACGUGGUAUAAACUCGCCUUUGCCGUUUGACGUAAACGUGAUGCUCAACCUCUGUAUCUUUCUUCAGUAAAUUUUGGUUUUAUUUACAGACUGACUUAUCCAAUGUUGAAGCUCGACUGUGGGGCGUUGGAAGUAAGUUCUACUGCAUGACCCUUUUUCAUAAAUAUCAGCUGAAACUUGAAAGGGGUCAUCAAAAAUCUGUUGAUUUCCGUCAUGAAGUUUAAACAGCUUGCCUAUAACCUUUCUUAAAGUUAUCUUUUUGUUGUUGUUUUCUUGUGUUUUGCACCGCACAUUCUUUUCUAGCCCUCCUGAAAGUGAAUAGGAAUUGAUGCUAACGUUUGACGAGUCUUAUUCCCGUUCUGAGACUCACACAUGCGCCGACACCUCACAUGCGCCGAAUUUGAUACCCAGUGAUGUUGUUACCCAGAACGAUUACAUACAAACAUACAUGUACAUGACCUUAAUUUCACCUCGUGGAAUUUUAUAGUAGCUACAAUAUAAUGCUAAUAUCUUUAUUGAUGUUGCUCAUUGGUAGUAGCAUUUGCAAAUGCGACGUUCGCUGUAUGAAAAAGAUUGCGUAUUGCGUAUUGUUGUGGCGUUGAAGAAUAGAAAUGCUAAUAGCAGAAGAGCUGUCAUUAAGAGGCGGGGCCGGGGAAUUUCCCCCGGUUACUAUGAACGUGUUCCGCGGCUACUUUCAAAGGAAAAUAGAACCAGAAGAAGCCCCUAGCUGUUUGAUUCGCGGCCUACUUAUUGUAUUUACCCGGCACCUUGAAAUCGUAGUGACAACCCUGCUGACUGCUACUCUUUUUUGUUUGUAGCGUUUGACAUCCAGCCAUUGUUUAAGUGCAAGGGAACUUUUGUCGGUCACCAGGUAUCCUCUAUUGUUCUAGAAUCUUUCCAAUCAGUGAAUACUUGAACAUCACUCUCCUAACCCCUCCCCUCUCCUUUCCCUACCCCUGCAUCGUCAGUGUAUUUGAUCAUAAUCAUCGUCGUUGUCAUUAUCAUCUGAUCGUCGUCGUCGGUGUCGUCUAUCAUCAUCUUUGUCUUCAUCUUCAAAAACUUAUUAAUAAUUCAUAAAGAAAAAAUAAAAGAAAUUAAUGUUUAAUGAGUGUCUUUAUAUCUGAUAAAGACACGGCUAAACUGUACGUCCAAUUUUUUUUACCAAAAUAAUCCCAAAUCUGAAUAUUAGUGCAAGAAUGAGUUGAUCUACAACAGAGAUUUUGAGGCCGUUCAAAAAACUCGCAGUCGUGUGUUUUUUAAACACUCCUGCUCGUUUUUUAAACAGUGCAUAAUCAACAUCAUCGUCGUCAUCAUGUCUCGCGGCGCCAGAAGGCGCGCAAGGCCGUAGCUGUAGUAGACCUUACAUUCAAUACUCAGCAUACCAUUGAAAACUUCGCACUGAGAGAUAUUCCUUUGAUUUGCCUCUAGGGUCCCGUAUGGACUUUGUGUACUCAUGGAGACUGGCUAUUUAGCGGUUCAUCUGACAAGACAAUCAAGGUAUGUGUGACAACAUGGAGACCUGCUUACUUGUUCAUAACAACAGUGUUCUCGUUUACUGCAGAAAAAUCGGGACGUUUCAUAAUUUUUUUCCGCUUAUUGCGAUCUCGUGGUGGUACAGACAAAACAGAGCUUUCCUUUUCGACUGAAACAAUCUCAUACAGGAGUCACUUCCUUUAUACUGAUACAGUCCUGGCAUAAGUGUUAGAUUUUAAUCGUUUAGCUUCGUAGCCAUACAUGUGGUUGAAGAACCCAUGAUGAGAACCUGGACCUCUCAUUAGAAGUGGGCAAUCUUUCGUCGUCUCUACAAGUACCGUAACCCAAGAGCAAGAUUUUUGGUUCUGCUUGGCUAUGCUUAGAAGUUUGUUCCAUCUUGUCUGGAGAGACAUUCUAGGAUCUUGUUAAUGGAGACCUUAUUUAUUCUAAGACGAGGACGACUAAGGGAACGAGAUUUUCGUAAUACUAAGUAAUGCGCGUGCGUGAACCAGCGUCAUUUUGGCGGGGGUGGAAACACUCUUUUCUGAAGUUAGUUUACCAUGCAGUCUUGUAAAUUCAUGAUGAUUUUCUUUUGUUCAAGGUAUGGGACACACUGACGACGUACAAAUGCAUAAAGACAAUGGAAGGACAUAGUGGCAUUGUAUUGGCUUUGUGCACUCACGAGUAUGUUAACCAUUUACGUAAACUAUCCUAUCACGACCACUUCUGUAUGUCCUCUAAUUUUGCUUCUACACCCUGAGUUGUCUGCCACAGUGCUUAGCACUGUUAACGGUCUCAUGUUUUCCCGCGUUCAGCAGCGGUUACUUGUUACAAGGUCUCCCGCGCUCGGCAGUAAUUUUUUUCCCGCGAUUGAAAUCUAUUCCCACACUCUGGAUGCAUCCGUAUCCAAUGGUCUUUCUCGCUCCUUUUAUAACCUCUCCCUGCUUUAUUUUAGCCUGCGUAGCAAGCGUUUCCGUUUAGUUUCGGAGCAAAAAAAAAAAAAAAACAGGGAACGGGAAUUUCUGUUUUGACCGCGCGAGAAAUGAAACGAGAGCCAUUUUUCGCGCCGUCUUUGACUCUUGUUCCUUGUUCUUUGCUCUUAAACCGCACAGAAACGAUUGCUACGCAGGCUAGCUUUAUUUUAGCCUAGCUAGCUAGCCUGCGCUGCGGUUGCAUAGAAAUUUCUGUGCUAGAUUAGGGAAAGAGAGGAAAGAUACGCGCGUCCUCCUCUUUUCGCGCCAUUUUUUCAUGCGGGCGCUAGCAGGCAUCGUUGAUUUGUCCUGUUCUUUGACUAUGUAGAACCAAGACUUGUCGUUUUAUUUACUGUUUGGACUGUUUUUUUCCUUAUACCUUUUUAUUAAGCCAGAAACUCAGUAUGUCAAACUUUUCUCCUUUUCGUUUUGUCUUACAGCAAAAAGCUCUACAGUGGUUCCGCAGACUGCACAAUAAAUGUAUGUAGCAUUGUCAGUCAAUGACAUUCACAUGUAGAAAACGUUGAUAAUAUUUUCUAACUUUUGGUAAACCCAUUAUAGGGAUUUUUCAAGCUUCUUGAGAAGCUUUCAUGUUAACGCCUUAAUGUUGAAGUAUGAAGUAUUUUUGUUAAAGAUAAUUUGAUGAAACUAGGUGAAACAGUCUCGUACAAUUUCUAUUUUUUUGUGUGUGCACUAGGUUUGGUGUUUAGAGGAACUUGAGCUGCUCGACUCUAUUCGCGGUCACGAGAACCCUGUCUGCACACUGGUUACUAAACGGAACAUGCUGUUUAGUGGAUCGCUCAAGAAAAUCAAGGUAGGCUGACUGAAAACUUCUUAUUUGUUGUUAAAGACUUAGCGAGAAAAACUACUUGCUUACUUACUUGGGGGCGCAAAACUGAUUUUUUGUCGCAAGCUGGGCUGCUUCCGCUUGCCAAAGGAGGAGAAAGUACUGGUUUAGGUCGAUAACAUUUGAUGAAGAUCACAACUUGACAUGUGUGGAAAACAACGCAAAAAUAUUCUUAUUUUUCAGUUUGGAAAAUACGUGAAAGACACGGCACUAUGUUGUCGUGAAAAUUUACAUUAUCGUCCGAAAAGAAACGAAAAAUGAAACCUUCCUCGCUGUCAGAACUAUUGAAGUGCCUUUGCCGCGUUUACAGCAAACCCCACCUGGACUUGACCCUACAAAUACUUACCGGGCUUUUUCACACAAACGACUGGGAACUGGGAUAUCCAGGCCCUUAGGAGGACGUUCCAGGCAACCUACAGUUCCUUCUAACUCGUCUUGUGAGUUCUAUUUCUCUCGUUGAUUUUCCAGGUUUGGAAUCUAAAAACCAUGGAGCUUAUCCAAGAACUAACAGGCCUUAAUCACUGGGUGCGUGCGUUGGUGGCAUCAGAAAGGCACCUCUUCAGUGGCUCCUACCAAACCAUUAAGGUACUUAAUUCUUUAUGUCCUCACCGUGAUUACAGUUUUGGUGCUUUCUGUUAAGCUUUUUCACCCCUUGUGUACGGCAAGUUGAACAUUCCCUCGAUGUAACUGAUUAGACGACACAUAUUUCAGAGCUGGCUAACAAACUUCCCAAGUUUGAUUAUUCGGAUUUAAAGUUAUUUUCCAGGUGUUGCUAUUAAAGGCCAUAUAAACGCGAAAAUACAAGUUCAUCUUAUUGGUAUAUGUAUUGUUUUUUGCCAGUUCGACGUUUCUGAGGCUGCGUACCAGUUGGUUUGAGUCUGUGUGAUUAGGACCUAGAUUGUUACCAUUCAAAUAACAGCUACGGAGCAGUACUUCAUUGUAGUAUUGUGUAUUGUGCUGUAUAUAGAACGUGGUAUAUUGGUUUCAGCUCACUUAAAACUUAAAAUGUUAUUUUGCAGUUAUGGGAUCUAGAUACAUUAGAGUGUGUUCGAGUCCUUCAGACUUCAGGGGGCAGCGUGUACUCUUUGGCAGUCACCAAGGACUAUAUAGUAUGUGGAACGUAUGAGAAUCAAAUACAGGUAACAGAACUGAGUUCUCUCUUUUUCUCUAAGUUGUAGCUUACUAAAUGGCUGUGGAGCUCAUAGAGUAAAUACAAUCAAUGACUGAUGACUAUACCAAUAACCGUCCCUUUUGUCUUAAGGUGUAUGAUAUAAGCACACACAAACACUUGGAAACGCUGAACGGUGAGUCACUUGUAGUCACUUUUAAUCGCCUCUUGUGGGUUUGGGCGCAACUUCGAUAACAAUAACACUCGAAAUCGAGGGAGACACGUGAAAGGCUGAAUUUCACGCGGGCUCAUAUCCUCUUUUUCGUCACGAAAGCAGCGACGUUUCUUGUUUCGCUGCUUCUCCUCCUCCAUGACAUUUUCAGUUUUGAUUGGUAGUUCAAUGAAUCCCGAGUUGUUGAUGUGUUCGAUAUUAACGCAUGCAAAAAGAUUUUUUAGUGCAGCCGGAAACAAAUGAGUUUUCUCCAUACCAAAAAUGUCGUUGUUUCAAUAACUUUGGUUAUACAAAUGGAGCUGGAAAGAGAAGGCGAGGAAAACACAUUAAUAUGAACGACUACUUGUCGUUAAAAAGUGCAAAAAUCAAUUUUAUUUCAGACAAUUAUUUAAGCCAACUACUUAACUCAUUACAAUUUGGCUGAAAGAGCUACUCGACAAAAUAUCAUGCGUGAACGUGAUAAUCCACUGAUGCCACACACAUUAAAUGUCCAGUUCAUUAAGAGAAGUAAUAAUCUUGCCACUAUUGUUGGCCUUGAUUCUGUUGAAUAAGAUUUCGUAGAAAUCCAGAGGUUUGAAGAUGUCGAUCUCCAGUUUAGCUUUCUCCUCGUCCGUCAGCUUUUCCCAUCCGUCAGCCAAAAUUACGUGGUUGCGAGUGUUGCAGUCGUUCCACGAGAUUUGGCGGUGGAUUUCCUGUUUCUGAUUCUGUUUCUGACCUGCUUUUCCUUCUGCUGCUGAAUCUAAAACUGGCCUUUGACAGAGUUUGGGUGGGAAAUCUAUAGGACUUGUCGUGUUGGAGCUGCACUUGCCUCUGCGGUCGCAAGAAACGACGAGCAGUUCAGGCGACUGGCUGCCUUUGUUCUGUGGUUCCGCCAUAGCGUACUGGCUGUCAAAUUUUGCUCUAGUCGUUGUAUUCUUUGUGGAUGCGAGUGACUGACUGCUUAUCUGUGCCAAGUUAAUUUUUUUAAAUGGGUCUUGAGGGUCUCAUCGCGUUCAGUUGUAAUUAGUAAAAUAAUUAAAGGGAUAUGUCAACCAGUUACCCUACGUACUUUGAUAAUAUCUCUUGAAAUUGUAUUGUUUCCUGCAAAUUGAUAGCGCUAUUUUGUAAACAUCUAUUUAUAUAACAGCGACGUGUCUUCUGUCCACGUUGAUUUUUAAUUAGUCGAAUGAUGUAAGGACUAAUUCAACCGGUUAUCCUAAGUACUAUGAUUAUUCUUUGAAAUAAUAUUUGUCGAAAUUUUAUUGUUCCCUCAAUGCCAAUUGGUAGCGCUAAUUUUAAGACAUAUCAUAUUACAACGAAAUGACGUCUCGUCACGCUAAUUGAUAAUUAGUCCAAUAGUUAAAAGACUAUUUCAACCGGGUAUUCAAGAUACUUUUGUUAUUUGCUUAACAAAGAUCCUUGAAAACUCAAAUUUUCAGAACGUUAUUUAUAGAAGUUUAAAACAUGUAAUGUGGAAAAGAAAAACGAAAAUUACAUAAUCAAAAGACAAUAAAACAGGUCUCGUGGUUGCCUCUCUCUCAGACGAGCAAAAGAACAUCUGCGUGGCGAUAAAGGUUGGUCUCCGGUCUCGUGCGCCGUCUUGUUAUUCAAAAACUUAUUAAUAUUCAGUAGGCAUAUCGUCUAAUCGAAUCAGGUGCAAGGACCUAUAACCUGGUAAAAUUCGUCCAACUAAAAAAGUUAGUGGAGGGAAAUUACGGAAAUCAUAAACAUAACAUAACAUAACAUAACAUAGACUUUAUAUAUACUCAGAUUUUAGGGUAGCUAACAAGCUAAUAUCUUGAUAGGACCAUGAGUUUUAGACUAAAUAAAUGAUCGGUAAGGUGGCACAUAUACAGACUGGCUCGUUGUUGUAAUAUUUACGUUUUAUUUGACGUUGCCCUGAAAGUCGCGCACAAGUCACUUAUUAUUACAGUAAUUAUAAUGCCAUUUACUUUUUUUGUUCUUGUUUUCACGAGUUUGUUUACCUCUUAUGGUAGUUCAAAUCGUGUUAUAGAUGUUUCCUUUACAAACGGUGGGUCAUGAAUUGAUAGCCGGUGCGGUUUCUUGCCUGGGCGGUAUCCCAUAUUUUAUCACUGAUUCUUGUGUUAUUAUAUACAUUUAUAUUUGUAUUAUUUUUCCAUGCCUUUCAUUCAUCCAACGACGAAAAAAACUGCUGGAAAAGUCGUUAGUCACCGUGGGGGAAGGUGCGAUGAGACGCGAAAGCGUGAGAAGAGACAGUGAGCAAUGCACUUGUCUUGACUUGAUUUCUUGAUUACAAGCGAAUUGUAGGAAUCAGAGCGUCCCCGUCGACACCAAUGCAUUUUCGUUUCAAAACGCGUACAUUUCGAUGCGUUCAGGCGUUCCGUCCACACUCAAAUCCGCUGAGCGUUUUCAUCGAAAACGCUCUUGAAAGUGGAUCAAAACGAAAACGCAUAGAUAUCGUAUUAGUGCGGACGGUCGAAAACGCAUCAAAAUGAAAACGAUGACGUCAUAUGUACCACGUGCGUCGUAAAAUAUCGCAGGCGCGUGUGUUUGUAACAUGCGCAUAGUGUUCAACUUGCGUAACAACGUGCAAAUCUAUCGUUUUAGUGUUCACAGUCGAAAACGCAUCAAAACGGUAGUGUGGACACGAAUCGAUCGAUGCGCUUUCGAUGAGAACGAAAACGGAUCCUUUUGAAAACGCAUUAGUAUGGAGAGGGCUUAAGUCCUAAAUAUGACCUUAAUUUGCCCACUUCAAAUCCCUUGAAUUGUAGCCAGCCCGACUUCACGUUUUACGAGAGUUCUUGUUUUAACGGAAAUAAACAAUUAUUGGAUGAGGUUUUGUAAUUUCUGGAAUAAUCAAUAUCGAGGAAAAUGUUAUCAGCCGAGCCGAAGGCCGAGGCUGAUAACACUUACCGAGAGUACCGUAAUUACAGUAAUUAAGGCCAUCAAGUAAUCCCAUCGUUGUUGUUUGUUUCAAACGAGUCUUGCUACGUCGAUGGCUAAUUAAACUCGGUGCGCCGACGCUUGCAGAAAAACCUCUGUGCUACCCGAUUGACAAAUUUUCUGUCUUCUCUGUUCGUUUAAAAAAAAAAACAGUAACAAUAGGGCUCUAAAUGUUUUGCAUUGUAUUUUCGUAGGAAGAAAAGGGAUUGCCUUCUCAAAAACUUAUCUUAUUACAAUAUUUUUAUUAUUAUAAUGGAACAGGAAAGAGGAACAUUACAAUAGUAUAAGCAGAAAAAACAAGGCGGGAGCGACCCGUUUGUUAAACAUAGGUUGCUGCCAUAAAUAUUACAUAAGUUCCAGUUCAUUAAGAGAAGUAAUAACCUUGCCAGUAUUGUUGGCCUUUAUUCUGUUGAACACUGAGAUUUCGUAGAAAUCCAGAGGUUUGAAGAUGUCGAUCUCCAGUUUAGCUCUCUCCUCGUCCGUCAGAUUUUCCCAUCCGUCAGCAAAAAUUACUCGGUUGCGAGUGUUGUAGUCGUUCCUCGAGAUCUGUUCUGUUCUUAAGAAUGAAAAUUCUAUGAAAAUUACUGAAAUAUUGGUAAAAGGGUAAAGAACAUGGUUACCUCAAGUAGGUAGCGACGGCAACGACAGUGAAGACGUCGCUUAAAAAGUGAAUUCGCGUUCUUUCGAUCUUUUUCGCGUUUAUUCCAACUCGCCUACUUUGUCAAAUGUAGUCAAACUCUCUUGAAGUUGAAGUCGUGCAAAGAAAAGUAAAAAACAGUGUGAUGAAAAAUGUUUAAUGUAUUUGCAAAGUUUUCAAGUUUUGAUUGUGUUUUACUGGCCCUAUUUACACCAUUUGUUGACAGUGUCACCAAGUUUGUGUAUUUGGCUGUUUUUUCACUGGAGUGUCGCACCUGAAACUUUAGGGCUCAUAAUCAACAAACAAGAAAAUUGCCAAUACUAAGUUUGUUCUUUCCAGAAAACAGAAAAACGAUUAAGGCUUUUCGCGUUUAUUCCAACUCGCCUACUUUGUCAAAUGUAGUCAAACUCUCUUGAAGUUGAAGUCGUGCAAAGAAAAGUAAAAAACAGUGUGAUGAAAAAUGUUUAAUGUAUUUGCAAAGUUUUCAAGUUUUGAUUGUGUUUUACUGGCCCUAUUUACACCAUUUGUUGAGGUGUUAUCCCUUAUCCUCUUUCUCGUCACCAGUAGUUUGUGUAUUUGGCUGUUUUUUCACUGGAGUGUCGCACCUGACACCGACUUUAGGGCUCAUAAUCAACAAACAAGCUUUCCAAAAUUGCCAAUACUAAGUUUGAUCUUUCCAGAAAACAGAAAAACACAGUUAAGGCACUCAACUCUUAAUCUGAAAACAGUAACGGUAUUUCGGGCUGUCCAUAUAGUUAGUAGAUAUGGGCUGUUGUUUCGCGUUUCGCUUUAAAACAUACAGAUCUCGCGCAGUUACUAUUCGGUGUUCGGUAAAUCUUUAAUUUGCUAUGUGUGAAUUUGCGUAACAUGACAGAUCUCGCACAGCUUUUGAACUUUGAGGAGAGUUUCCCUAAAUUUUGAAAGAGUAGUCUUCGGAUUAGACUUAAGCAUCCAAUUUGAUUUAAUUUGUUCAUUCGACUUAUUUGGACGAGUUGCCUGCACAAGGGGAUCUCAAACUCUCUUUGUUGACUGCCAUUGUGGGUUAAGUUUUUUGAGGAACCGUAAGAAAGACAAUCAGUUUUAUUUCUAUAUAUUUAUUUAACUUUUUAAAUGUAUAUUUACAAUUUGAUCAGCUGGUGUAUAAGCGUUGGUGUUCACUAGCGAAGUAUAAAUUAAUUAGUAAAGACCUCUCAGUCAAAAGUAAAUCAAAUGCACGCAAAAUUUUUCCGUUUUAAUCACACCCUUUUUCGCUACAAUUCAACGUGGUACUCAUUGUCUAUUCCUUCAAAAUUUUUGUUAUUUUUACCAUUGUUAUUGUUCCAACUUCUUCUUACGAUGGGAGUCAAAAAGUAUAUCUUAUUUGUCGUGUUACAUUCUACUCGUGUAGACCCGCUCAGUUCUCACGAAAUAUGCUACGUGCACAAAUUGUCCAGUUCACUCAGAGACGUAAUCACCAUGCCACUGUCGUUAGCCUUGAUUCUCUCGAACAAGAUUUCGUAGAAAUCCAGGGGUUUAAAUAUGUCGAUCUCUAGGGCCUGUAUUUCUUCUUCGGACAGAUGUUUUGCUUGUUCUGUGAGUGAGUCGCUGCGGUGGAAAAAAUAAGCUUUUGAUCUGUCGUACGCCACCGGUUCAGAUCCGCUUCUAUUCCUUUUCUUCGGGGCGCUGUCGUUGUGGCCGUACUGUGUCCUCGACGAUGGUAUAGCGGGUUCGCUGGACGGCUUGUCGAGUGGCAUACCCAACUGCGGCUGUUUUUCAGUGCCUCGUGGUGGUUUUGCCAUACAGUCUGAGUUAGCUCGUGGCUUAGGAUCUAAGGGAACUUGUAAAGGGUCAUUUGUUUCCGCUUGGAUUGUCUCCAGUCUGUCCAUUUUGCUCUCGAUCACGGUUCACUCUCUUUGCUUAGUCUUCGAUUGUUAGAUCUUGUCUUUUGGUUGUUUGCCAGUAUUUUUGAAGGAGGAUUUAAAAUCUUCUUCUUCUUUUAAUCCUUUUGAGGAUCACGUGGUAUGCGGGCUGCCGACGUCGUUGUUUUUUACCUUCCUUGUAUAAGUCGUGCUGCGCACGAAAACAAGGAGGAGCACAAAAAAUCUGAACGUUUUGUUUUAUGAUGAGCAAGAAAAAUCUGAGCGAAGCGCAAUUGGUGUUGAGGAAGUCUUAAACUAAAAUUUGAAAAAACUAAAUUAAAUUUACAUGCAACAAUUUGGCGUGUAUUUUUCAAAACAAAGUAUUUAUAGUUAAUUAGUUAGUAUCGGUAAUUUUUAAUGCAAUUAGCGUCCAAAACAGUCGAGUUGAGGGAAAACAACAACAACUCGAUCCACACAGCGAGACUCGUUUUGUUUAAUCAGCGACUCAUUUUCACUCUUGUUAGAUUUGUAAAUUAAAUGCUAGUUUUUGAAAUCAGUCAGAGUCAUCGCAGUAAACGCGUUUUGAAAACACUGUCCACCUAAAUACAAGAACAAACAUUUUUUUUUCGUAUAUAUUCGCUUUUGAUUGGCUGAGAAAAGAUCAUGCGUCGUUUCUCGGCCAAUCGAAAUGUAGUGAAAACCAUUCGUGUUUUGUCUACACCCAGCCCAGGUUUUCGACUUAAAAUAAAGGGGUGCCUUAGGGUGCGACUGAUAUAAUCUUAAAAAACAAGAAAUAUUGUGUAAAUUUUAGGGAACUGGAACUCCUAUAAUUCCCAGAAAGUAUCCGAGAGGCAAGAGACCUUCAGGGCGCUUCGGACACGCGCGUAAUGUGCACAAUUUAUAAGCAGAGGAAUUUGAACACACAUCCAGCCACAGAAAUGAAUUUCAUAAUCCGAAAGCACUAAUUUUCUUAAUGCAUACCCUUUCGUUACCUAAAAUUAAUAACUGUGCCCAAUAUUCAUAUUUAACUUGCGUUGAAAAAUGACGAUUAUUAGGGAGAAAGACCGAUACCUUGCGAAAGUGUCAAUAUAAUACACCGUGGUCGUGGGGUGCAUACCACCUAGUCUACACCCAUUUGGGUGACUUACCGAAAAAAAAUGCGAGUUUUUCCCUUUUCCUGUGUUUUUCUGAUUACCCGGCUGGGAUAAUGGCCAGUUUCAAUUGAAAAUUUAUUUACCCAUGUUUUUUUAAACAAACUCAGACCCCAUUUUCACGGGUCCGGACAAAUUUUUGAACGGACAAACACUUGCACGGAUGCGCCUUUCGUUUACACGGGACCCGCGGAACCGUGCAGGUUUUUAAAUGGCAAACAUUACUGCAAUCUGUAACGCGUUUUGCACAGUUUCGUGUAAAGUUGCACAGGUAAAAAAUUCGUUUCGUUCUAAAAUUUGUCCGGACCCGUGUGAACAGCGUCUUACUAUAUAAAUUGGUGUCUGAUUGCCCUAAAAUGAUAGAAACCACUUUGGAAGUAUAAUAUAAUAAGUAUAGUAUAGUCUUGAAUAAUUUUCUUUCUUUCCUCUUACCAGGUCACGUUGGUAUAGUGUAUGGUCUUGCUGUGUUAAGCGCCCCUGGGCAGACGCGUUUGUUCAGUGCUUCAUAUGACAGAUCACUCAGGGUAAUUUGAUCAGAUGAGUUCACGCUAUGUCUGCAGGAUUUGUUAAGUUUGAGAACUUCUAAGGACUCAUUUGUUUACACCAGUCUAGUCCCCAGGCGUUCUCGGCUCGGUCAGUUCUGGACUCUCCCGUGAGCUGUGACGUUACCGAGGGAGACUGGUCCACCCUUUCCAAGAACGGUCUCCAGAUUGACCCCCCUCUAACUAGAUAACUAAAACGAGUGCAUGGAAACAGAGUCACAGAUUAAUCUGAGACUUUUGAACUUCCAUUCUAUGAUAGGUGUGGAAUCUAGAAAGUUUCACUUGCGUCCAGACCCUUUUACGUCAUCAAGGGAGCGUGGCUGCUUUGGCAUUCAAUAAGGGCAGGAUAUUCUCUGGAGCGGUGGAUAGCACAGUUAAGGUG